AUGCCAGCCCUGAGCGACGCCCAGCAAGACGAAUGUGAUGGCAUAUGCAUGAUGGAGGAGAAAAUGGCCUGUGGCUACCUGCUCCGCCAGGCAAAAGAGAACAAGAAGGCCUCGACCACGGUCCAUCAGUGUACGGGAAUACAUGACGGGAAGGGACGGAGUGCCCAAAAGGAUGAACCAUCACAGAAGAGUUCAAACCCGCUCAGAGAAGGCAUUAUUGGCGGCUUAGGCGAACGUAUGUAUAUUCACGGCGCCAUGGCUGAACAGCACAGGAGUAAGAAAAGAAAUAAAUAG